AUAAGUGCAAAAUGAGUGAAGCAAUAGAAAAUGUGGAAGCAGCAGCGGCUGAGUCUUUAUCUCCAGCAACGGAAACGGACGCGGAAAUGCCUGUUCCAGUAUCCAAGCUGAAGCAGCCCAGUCGUUCCAAUAUUCCAACGCCCGCUUCCUCCGCCUCAUCGGUGACUGGAAUGCCAACGAAAAUAAAGCCGCCUUCCAAUUUCGGUUCGACUGGUUCGGUAUCGAAAAUCGGACGACCCUGCUGCAAUCACACCACACCAAAAUCGGGUCCACCACCUCGAGAUACAAACAGCAUGAGUCGUGAAAGCGAUGACAAUCUGAGUUCGAUCAAUUCGGCUUAUACAGAUCACAACAGCACGGUGCUGACAGCCAACACAGAGCAGUUCAUAAUUGGCCAACGUGUGUGGGUGGGCGGAUUGCGAUCGGGCCAAAUAGCCUACAUAGGCGAAACACAUUUUGCCCCGGGCGAUUGGGCGGGCAUUGUGCUUGAUGAGCCAAAUGGCAAAAACGAUGGCUGCGUCUCGGGCAAACGUUACUUCCAAUGCGAACCCAAACGUGGCAUUUUCUCGCGCCUCACCCGGCUCACCACAUAUCCGUUGUCGGGCGCCAUGACGCCCACUUCGCCGCUGGCCAAGAAUUCGCCGGAACGCUCACGUACUGGUUCACCCACGGCCAGUGUGCGCAGCUCCAUGCUACGCAGUCCAGGCACGGGCAAGAAUGGCCUGACGGUUGGCGAUCGUGUGAUUGUCUCAUCCGGUUUUGGCAGUCGUCCGGGCAUCUUGCGCUAUCUGGGCGAGACACAGUUUGCUCCUGGCAACUGGUGUGGCGUCGAGCUGGACGAGGGCAGUGGCAAAAAUGAUGGUGCUGUCGAUGGCAUCAGAUAUUUUGAGUGCAAGCCCAGGUUUGGUGUAUUUGUGCCGAUAGCGAAGGUGUCGCUGUCGCCGUCCACAAAGAAGACGCGUCUGUCGCGAACCGGUUCGCGGGAAUCUCUCACAUCGAUUGGCACCAUGAACAGCAUAGCCACAACAAACACAUCGCGUAUACGCAUGAAUGCACAGCGCAAAUCUAGCACGCCACUUCGGUCAAUUGUCGCGACGCCAAAAAGUCAAUUUUCCAUGCAGGAUUUGCUGCGCGAGAAGCAACAGCAUGUGGAGCAACUGAUGGUGGAACGUGAACUGGAUCGCGAGGAUUCGCAGAAUCAGGCGUUGCAGCUGCAGAAGAACAUCAAUGAGGUAAUUAUCUUCACCGAUACAAUGUAUGUGCCACAACCGUAUGCGGAUCGCAGGCGACCCUUUCGAUUGCUGCCCACGUGCCACAGCAGCAGCCGCACAACAAUAACCAACAGUCCAACAACAGCAGCAACUGCAACAACAACAACGAAACCAACAACAAUUUUAGCAAGACAACAACAACCACAACGCGAACAACGAUCGCAGCCAAAAAAAGUUUGGUUUUGCGAUAAAAAGAAAUUGUUUCCACUAAAAACUCGCAUUGUGCAGUUGGAGUCGCAAUUGGGCGAUGAGCGUAAAAAAUCGGAGGAAUUGCAAUUCACAAUUGAUGAGGCACAAUUCUGUGGCGAUGAAAUGAAUGCCCAAUCUCAGGUGUACAAGGAAAAAAUUCACGAUCUGGAAAAGAAGAUAACGAAACUUGUCUCAGCCACGCCCAGUUUACAAAGCCUGCCACCUGUGGAGGAUAAUCAGGCCUUGGCCAAUGCUCAGGCCCAGAUCGCAGAGCUGCAGGAGAAGCUGAGCGCGCAGGAGAAACAGAGUGAGGCACGUCUGGCCGAAUCCCUGGAGGAGGAGCAAAGAUUACGCGAGAAUAUCGACUACCUGAAGAGCGAAAGUGAUACGCUGAAGACAGAACUUCUUGGCAAGGAUGAGAGCCUUGAGAAAUUCUCGUUGUCACAGUGCGGCAUUGAGAAUCUGCGCCACGAGCUGGCCCUACUCAAGGAGGAGAACGAGAAGCAGUCGCAGCAAAUCCAGGCUAAAUUUGAGCAGCAGCUGGCAGAGAAGGAGCAACAGUUGGCAGAGAAGGAGAAGCAGCUGACCACCAAUCAGGAACAACUACAGCAAGUCAGCAAUGAACUCUCCAAGCUGAAAAGCAAAUCGGAUACGCUCGAAAACGAACGCGAGAAUGUGACGGAUGAGUGUGAAAUACUCCACACAGAGAUUCGCAUGCGAGACGAACAAAUCCGAGAACUAAACCAGCAGCUGGAUGAGCUGACAACUCAGCUAAAUGUGCAGAAAGCGGACAGCUCAGCGCUCGACGAGAUGCUCAAUGCGCAGCAGUCCCAAAAUGUAGACAGCAAAACACAACUGGAACAGUUCCAAGUGGAGCUGCAGCAGCUAAAGACAGCCAAUGAAACUGUGCUAAAAGAGAAGGCUGCAAUGGAGCAGCAAAUGGAGCAAGAGCUGGGCAAGCUCAGGCAGCAGACGCAGGAGCUGCUGCUGGCCAGCGGCGAUAGCAAGUCGCAGAACUUGCAGCUAAGCGAGGCAAAGGUAGCGCUGGAGAAACAAUUGGAGGCACUGCAGCAAUCAGGCGAGGCACAGCUGCAAGCCAGUCAAGCGGAGAUAGUCAACAAAGAGCAGCAGCUGCGGGAGCUGGAGAAAUCCAAGGAACAACUGCAGCAGCAACUGGAGCAGCAAACUAAAUUACAUGAGCAGCUAAUUGCGAGUCAGCAGGAGCUGCAGCAAAGUCAGACCAAGCAACAAGCUGAACAAUCUGCGCAGCUGGCACAGGAGACCUCCAAGGUAGUGGAAAUGGAAGCUAAAUUGCAAGCCAGCCAGUUGCAAUUGGAGCAGCUGCUGCAGCAAGCAACCAGCAGCGGCGAAGCUGGUGCCCAACAACUAGCCCAACUGCAAGCGGAACUAAGCCAGGUGCAGGCGAAGGAAGCGGAAGUUAAAAGUGCUUUAAAUGCUCAGCUUGCUGAGCUGCAAGCGGUGCAGCAGCUAACCCAAUCCCAGCAAGCCACAAUCGUGCAACAGACCGAGCAACUGGAUGCCACCAAGAUACAAAGCGCCCAGUUUGAAUUGCAGUUGAAAGAAAGCAAUGAAAAUGGCGCCCAACGUGUGCUCGAGCUGGGCGAUGUAAAGCGUCAAAAUGCAGCAUUGCUGAGCAAAUGUGAGGCACUGCAGCAGCAGCAGGACGCACUGCAGCAGGAACUGGUCUCAUCUAGCACUGGCAGCUCACAACUCCAGGCACAACUGAAGCAGCUCAACGAGGAGCUGCUGGUGAAACAGCAAAGCUACGCAACACUGGAGAGUCAGAGCAGCGGACAGCGUCUCGAGUUGGCCAGUGACAAUGAGCUGUUGCAGCAAACGAAGGCGAGAUUGGAACUGGAGCUGCAGGAGACGCAGUUAAGCCGGGACAAGCACAAAUCGGAGGCGGAACACAAGCAAAUGUUGCUCGCCGAACAAGAACAGUUGAGCAUACAGCAGGAAUUGGCUCUGGGCGAUGCGGGCAGGCAACGGGAACAGUUGGAGGCACGUUGCCAGGCAUUGCUGCAACAGAAUGAGACACUGCAGCAACAGUUGACUCACCUGCACAGUAGCUCAACGGAUUCUAGUGCGGAACUGUUGAAGCUCUCGCAGCAACUACUCGAACAUCAACAGGCCAACGAGCAAUUGGCCACCAAGAGCAGUGAGGAACGUGCCGCUCUGGAGCGACAACUCCAAGCGAGUCAGCAGCGUCUGGAUACACUCUGUGCUCAGGUGGAGUUACUCACCCAGGAGCUAGCAGGCAGCACAGAGCAGGGCACCCAACUCCAGUCUAAACUGAAAUCGGAACAGGAGCUUGCAGCCAAACAGUCGUUGGAGCUAAGUGAUGCCAAUCGCAAGCUAGAGGCAGCAGCAGCCAGAUGCUUGCAGCUCGAGCAACAGCAGGAGAAGCUGCAACAGGAGCUGGGAGGAUCGAGAGAUGAGCAAAGUGAUUUAAACACAAAAUGGCAACAAUUAAAGGAGCAGCUGGCCACAGUCCAAAAGGAGCUCAGCUCGGAGAGAGAUGCAAGCAGCGAGCAACGUUUGCAGCUGGAACGGCAGCUUGAGGAAGUGCGUCAGCAGUUACAGUCGAGUCAGGCCAGCAUGAAGGAGAACCAGGACCAGCUCAAAGGGGAAGUAAUACUUCAGGAGCAGCUAAAGCAGCUGCAGAAGCAACUAAACCAGGCACAGGCUGAGAAGGAGCAGCAGUCGACUGGCAAUCAGGUGACCAUUAAGGAGCUAAAGGAGCGUCUGGAGAUCACCAACACGGAACUGCAACACAAGGAGCAACUCUUAAGCGAGGAUGCACAAAAGAUAACCGAUCUGAAGACACUGGUGGAGGCCAUCCAGGUGGCCAAUGCCAAUAUAUCCACAACCAAUGCAGAGUUAUCCACGGUGCUGGAAGUGCUGCAAGCGGAGAAGAGUGAAACAGCGCACAUCUUCGAGCUCUUUGAAAUGGAGGCGGACAUGAAUGCAGAACGCCUCAUCGAGAAGCUGCAGGGCAUGAAGCAAGAACUGCUGGAAACCCACACACAACUCGACUCACAAUUCGCCAGCAACAAAGAGUUGCAGGGAAGAGUUGAGCAAUUUCAGAAAACUGAGGCUGGCAUGCAGGGCACAGCUGUUGAGGCCGCCGAGCAACUGCGUCAGCUGCAACAGGCCAAUGGCGAACUGCUCGAAGCAGUACAGCAAAAGCAGGCAAUGUUCAACGGGAGCCAAGCACAACUCGAGGCGCAGCUGAGUUGCAACAAGGAGUUGCAACAACAGCUUCUGGAACUGAAGACAACUUCCGCCACAGCUGCGGAGCAACUGCAACAGGUGCAAACAAGCAACGUGGCGCAAGAAAAACAGUUCCACGAGCAGAGCAAUGAUUUCACUGUCCAACUGCUGGAGUACCAAAAAGUCAUCGAUGAAAUGGAUGAGGCUGCCCGUGAAAAAACCGAGCAACUGCACCAGCUUCAAAUCCAAAAGACUCAACUAGAGACAUCCCUUGCCCAGGCACGCGAAUCGGAGCGAAUGACCCGCUUGGAAUGCCAGCAGCUAAUGCAACAGCUACAAGAACUCGAAUUCCAGGAAGCCCGUGAAAUUGUCGCUCUGCGUGCUCAGGCGAAUGGUUCCAUGACAAGUCCAACAUCUUCCAACAACACAGCAGAGCAACUGGAUACGGAAACCAGUCUGGCCAAGAUCAACUUCCUUAACUCGAUCAUUGCGGACAUGCAGCAGAAAAAUGACGCACUCAAGGCCAAGGUGCAAACGCUGGAAACGCUGCCGCUGGACUUCUCCAAACCAAACGCCUUUGAUUUGCUGAGCAAACGGAAGCCGGCGCCGCGUCUCUUUUGUGAUAUCUGUGAUGAGUUCGAUAAGCACGAAACCGAGGAUUGUCCGCUGCAGGCGGGCGAGGAUCGCGAUUAUUCACCACCACCAACGGCUGCUGAGUCCAAAAAUCAGAAGGAACGCAAGUUGCCCGCUCCACGCAAAUACUGUGAAUCCUGUGAAGUUUUUGGACACGAUACCAGCGAAUGCGCCGACGAUGAGACCUAUUAGCGAAUAAGACACUUUUGUUG